AUGGGUCUCCCAAUCACCACCUCCGCCUCGAUCAGCGUCCCAGAGGCAAACUCCUUCGGAGCCACCGUCCUCCAGCCACAAAGCGACCACAACUCCAACGGCCGUGGCGGCUGCCCGUACCUCGCCAACGCCCACAACAACGGCACUCCGGAUACGACCCAUGCCAACACCACUCAACAAGCAACACCAGAAGCACCAGCCCCGCCGUUGGGAAUCUUGAAGAAGCUGGAGAACCGCACUUUCACCGGUAAAGGCUUUAACACCAUCUUCCGCCCUCACAGCACUACCUCUCCCACCACAUUGGCAGUCACCCCCGUGCUGAAGCCCCCCUUUAUCCCGGAUAACAUCCUCCAACUCAACAUCACGCACGAGAGCCAAGUUUUUGCUCCCGGUCUCGGCGAUGUGCCCAACCGCGGACUGAUGAAGCAGGAGGACAUCGAACUGAACGGCGUUCCUUACACCCAGACCAUUCAUGAUAUCACGGAGCCGAAGCCGAAACCUCCCGUCAUUCACUUCGAGCCCGGUCUCUGGAUGCACGUCCCCGCUACAAGUAUACCCAAGCUCAAGACAUCCCUUGCUCGCAUGGCUUCCAUCCCGCACGGCACCACCAUCAACGCCCAGUGCUUCUCGGAGCCAUCCUUCAGCGUGGGAGCACCAUUCAUUCCCAAAGUCGACAUCAAGCCCUUCCCGGUCGGCGGCGGCAAAAGAAUCCUCUUCCCCAGCCAAAAUGCAAAAGACCCUGCCACCUUCCGCCUCCCGCAAGACCUCCACGAGUUCACGCAAGCCCAUACAAUCACCCAAGACAUGAUCGACAACCCCAACGUCGUCCUGGAGCUGGCCAACAAGGGCAAGAACAUCCUCGAGAACACCUCCUACAAGAUCACAACCAAGCCCGAGGGAACUAACCUCGGCGGCGGCACCUCCAACAUUGGCUUCCUCGUCGGUGACGGCCAACAAGCCCUCGAACUCCCUAGCCGUGCCAACGCCAACGCAACCCGCAUGGAGGCCCAGUACUGGAUCUCCACCGUCCGCACAAAGAUCCAUCUCGAGCCGUGGAAGGGACCCUCGGAGCACCAGCGGUGCAAGCACUUCUCGCCGCUGCCCCUCCGCGAGGGUGAGGAAGUGCCCGUCUUUGAGGUCCACUUCCCGAUCCCGCAAGCAAAGACGGUGUCCGUGGAGUACACUCAGCUUCAGUACACGCAGAAUGUCACACUGGACUUUGCUAACCUCAGCUGGCCGCAUGUUACUGUUGGUACGCUUAUCCAGACAAGUCCCACCGUGUUGCAUGCUUCCGUUUUGGACCAGAAGGAGUGA